UAGCGGUGAUUCAUGCAGCUGAUGAAGUUCUAGCGAUAAUAAACCGCGUUCAUAAAACAUCAGAAAUCUUUCGGAUACAGCAUGAAUUUUCAGCAUAACCUUCAAGAAUGCCGGCAGGUAAAAAUGAAGUGAGAGCAAGGACGAGAACCCGUUUUGAUGAGGUUUUAAGAAGAUAUACUAACCCUCCUUCAGAAAAGAAGAAAUCAAAACAAGCUGAAGAGUUACAGGAGAACGUUGUGCUUCAGACCUUGAGGACAAACCUUACCAAAGAUAUUGAAGAAGAUGAAACCGUUCUCAAUAACACAUAUGACCCAGCACAGGGCAGCCCAAGGUACACAAAAAAUAGGCGUAGGGAGGAGGAGGUGUCCGAGAAGGUCAACGUAAGUAGUAAUGUGAAUGAGGACAAGACCACUCUGACCUCUGGAAAAAAGAAGAGUAAAAGGAUCCUACCUCCACUCAUUCCAAAUGAAGAGGAGGAUAAUCAGACAUUUAAAACUAAUGUACAAGUAGAUGUAGGUGGGAAGCAGAAGAAAAAGAGUAAAAAAGAGAAGAGUACAGAGAAGGAUUAUGCACAUGGACAGAAAGGAGAGAGAGAGACUGAAGAUGACCUUCUUCAGGAGUAUCAGCAAAAGAUUACUCAGGAAGAAGAAAGGCAUCUGAAGAAGUCCACUCAAAAGAAAUGUGAAACAGAGUCUCAAAGUCAAGAAAUUAUUGUAUUAAACAAUGAGUUUGGGAAAAAAAAGAAAAAGAAGAAGAAUCUACAAGAGUGUGAAGGAGGUGAAAGGGAACUACCAUCAGAACAGCAUCAAAGGCAGGGGGAAUUAUCUCCUAUAAAAACAAAAUUGAAUGAAGGUGAUAAUAAAGAAGAGAAGGAAGAUUCAGUAAAACCAAGAGGCAAAAGGAAAAAGAAAAGAAAAGAGGAAGUGACAGUUGAGGACAGUCAGAUGGUGGCGGAUGCGUCACCGAAGCAGGUGUUUGAUGAUAGCCUGGUGCUUGGAGUUUACGUUCACCGGACAGAUAGACUCAAGACUGACCUUCAGGUGUCUCACCCCAUGGUUAAAGUACAUGUUGUGGAUGAGCUCACUGGACAGUAUGUCAAGAAAGAAGACAGCCAUCGUCGAGUCUCAUCUUUUUAUGAGCAGGAGAACGUUGAGCACAUCCUUCCCAUUAUAACUCAGCUUUUUGAUUUUAAGAAACACAAAUCAACAGUUCCAGAGUGGGAGGAGCAAAUCAUCUUCAAUGAGCGCUUUAAUUAUUUUCUCAAUGGUAAUGAUGAGGCUCCACGAGUGAUUCUGUUUUUUGAGGUUCUUGAUUUUAUCAGCAUGGAAGAAGCAAAAGCUAACGUGUCUGAUGCACAUGUGCAAGGAUUUCGCACAAUUGCCUGGGCUUUUUUAAAGCUCAUAGGGACCAACGGCAUGCUAAACAUUGACAGUAAACUGCGUCUCCAGCUGUACAGCCCUCCCCCCAGAGUGAGGAAAAAUCCCCAAAGUGUUGAAGUGUUUCAGUGGUGGUCAAAGUUUCCUAGAAACAGAUAUGCCUCAACACUUUACAUCACAGUGAAAGGACUCAAAUUACCUGAACAUGUUGACCCCAGUAUUCGCUCCAUGAUGGCUCUGCAACAAGAGAGGGGCAGCACCUCCUACAGUGAGCUCCACACUGAACUUGCCCAAAAAUCUUCCACUCAAUUAUUGGAAGGCAAAUCAGAAACAGUAACAUGGAGUCGCAUGCCGGGACAGGUGUGUCGCAUUCCAAACAAACCUUUGUUGUCAUUUCGAGGAGGUCAUAUGGGUUGUUUUACUCUACGGUUUUCCAAUGAUGGCAGAGCUCUGGCUGCCGCUUGUGCAGACAGAGAUGCUUUCCCUAUAGUAGUAUAUGAGAUCCCUUCAGGCAAAGUCAAGGCGUCUUUUAAUGGUCACCUUAGUAUUGUCUAUGAUCUCUGCUGGACCAGAGAUGACAGAUUUCUGCUCUCAGCAUCCUCAGAUGGAACAGUAAGAGUGUGGGACAUUGAAAGACUUCAAAGCCUGGCCCAGAAGAUCCUUCCUCACCCAUCAUUUGUAUACUGUGCCCAGUAUCACCCUCGUACUCAGAACCUGGUGGUCACGGGGGGUUAUGAUAGUCUUCUUCGGGUAUGGAACUUAGACACUAAAGAUGUGAAUGGACAGCUUCUUCAAGAGUUUGAGGGACACAAGACUUUCAUAAACGCACUUUGUUUUGACAGUGAAGGUCUGAGGAUGUUUUCUGCAGACAAUGCUGGUCUGAUCAUUGUAUGGAGUACUAAAGUAGAAAAUGGAUCUCAGCUUGGGCCAACACGUCUCUGGAGAUUUGAGAGGGAAAUAAAGGAAGGCGAUCUGAAUGGAGUUCCUAUUAACUCAUUAGAAGUGCAUCCAAAUGGAAGGCGUCUUCUGAUCCAUGCCAAGGACAGCGUUUUAAGAGUGAUGGAUUUGAGAAUACUUGCUGUUAAGAAAUACAUAGGUGCCACAAACUACAGGGAGAGAAUCAGCAGCACUUUUACCCCAUGUGGAAGUUUUAUCUUCUCCGGCAGUGAGGAUGGGCUUGCCUAUGUGUGGAAUGCCGAGACAGGUGAUCAAGUGGCUGUGUACUCUGAGCUGUGUUACCCAACUGCACUCAGAGGAGUGGCUUUUCAUCCCCAUGAACACAUGGUGGCCUUUUGUGCAUUUGGGCAAAGUCAACCAAUUCAGUUAUAUCAGUAUGACCGAAAAGUUGCCCAUUUGGAGAUUGAGAGUAUGAGGGUGGUAAACAGGACUGACACAACAUUGAGGAAUCAGACUGAGCUCUUAGCAUUCCAGGAUGCCUCUGCCUCUGGGAUGGACCGCUUCGCCAGUGUAGCUCGCAUGUCCUUAAAAAUGCAGAGAGUCAAACACAAACUGGAUUCAGUCCUGGAGCCAUAUCGCAAUACUGUUGGCAUGGAAACCACAUAUGAUCAGGGAAGCAUGUCUCAGUUGAAAGGAGGAGUAACCCAGGAGAGCUUGCAAAUGUCUCUCCCUCCACCAUCUUUGCUUUCUCCUCACUCCAAGCUGCAAUUCUCCAGCUCGCUCGGUGCCCAACUCAUUCCUCAGGCCUCACUGAGCUCACAAGCCUUUGGCCCUGCUGCCUUUGGUCAUUCAAUUAAAAGAGCUCCAUCUCUGAAGCAAAAAAGCCUACAGGAUCAUGACUUUUCAUUACCAGUCGACACUGGUGGGACACAAGUCCAGCAGACGGUUGUGUCUCUGUAUGACUACAGUGCUGAGCGCUCUGAUGAGCUGACCAUGUGCCGUGGUGAUGUGAUCCUUGUGUUGUAUAAAGACAAUAUUACCUGGUGGUUUGGACGUUUGAUCACAGGAGAGCAGGGUUAUUUUCCAGCUGCCUAUGUGGCUGAUAAAAAGGAUUUUGAUGAACAGCUCUCACAGGCUUUCGAGACACAACCUGGACCCUCAGAGCACAUAAGUCAAGAACAUACCAAAUCAAUACCAACUAAGCUGACUGCAGCCAUCAGUGCAUCUGGAGAGCUAAAGAUCAUUUCUGAGCAGGACACUGAUGCUGAGGCAACUUCUGCUAGAAUAAAAAAGAAAAAGAAGGUGAAGAAAAAGGAGAUCUCUCAUGAUUUGCCCCUGAAUCCAUCAUCAGAUCUUGAAACUCCUGUACCAUCUAUAAGAAAGAAAAGGCCUCUUCCAAGAUUAGGACAAACCAACAAUGCUUUUGAACCGGAUGCCACAAACCAGAAUUCUGGGUGAUAUUUAAUGCUCAGGGUAAGAAAAAGAUAUGCAUAUUGUAGUCACCAGCAUACUUAUUUUUAUAUCUUCAAUGUAAAUUUUAGCCAAGGGUGUUUUUUUUUUUUUUUUUCAAUAAUUAAUAUUUUAAUAAUCAGUUUUACAAAUGUAAGUUUUAUAUUUUUUAAGUCUAUUGUCCUGUUUAUUUUGAUUUUUUAUUUGUGUUCAUAAUUAGCAUAGAUUGUUCGUAAAGGAAUAAUGCCAAACUGUAGUAAAAGAAAAGUCAGUACAAUGGCUGACACUGAACUCUGACCCCAGCUUCCAAACAAGGGGGGUUAUGCAGAAAAAGAAUUUAAUUGUACUGUAUUCAUGUAUAUAUGACAAAUAAAGGCAUUUCAUCUGCCCUAGAUUAUUAUUUAUUUAUUAUAAACAAAGAUGCUCUGUGACAUUGAUGCAAAACACCACUGGUUCUGAAUCUGAUGCGCAAAACGUCCUCUUGUGAAACAUCUCAUUAAAAUGUAACUUCAAACUCA